UCAAAUUUAAUGUCAAUAUGGAAGUACCAGAAGAUUUUCCCUUUCCUUUUAAACCAUAUCCAAUUCAAGCAGAUUUUAUGAAAAAUUUAUAUCUCUGCUUAGAAAAUGGGCUUUUAGGUAUUUUUGAGAGUCCUACAGGAACUGGUAAAACAUUAUCCAUUAUUUGUGGUUCAUUAAAGUGGUUACUCGAUCAUCAAGAAAAACAAAAAAGUUGCCUAGUUAAGAAAGAAGUAGAACUUAAUAAUAAAAUCAAAGAAAUUGAAGCAAAUAAUGGAAGUGAUUGGUUUUCAAUGCAAACAGAAAAAAUAGAACUAAAUUUAGAGAAGCAAGUUAUACAAAAAAAAUUAAAUAUUUUAUUAAAAUGUGAAGAAAAAAAUAUAAAAUACAAGCAAUGUAUAAAAGAGCAUCAAGAAAAAAACAAAAAUGAUCAAAAAUCUCUCAAUACAAAGUGGAAAAAUUCUAAAAUGAGUGAAAAAAAGGAAUCUCAUAUUAAAGAGGAUGACGAUGAAUGUAUAGAUAAAAAUUUUAUUUUGAAUGAAAUUGAUUGUUGCUCGGACACUUCAGAAGAAGAGGAGAAUGAAGAAGAAAUUGCUGAACAAUGUAAAAUAUUUUUUUGCUCCAGAACUCAUUCCCAACUUAGUCAAUUUAUUGGAGAACUUAAGAAAAGUCCAUAUUCUGAAAAAGUGUCUUUAGUAUCUCUUGCAUCAAGAAAUAAUUAUUGUAUCAAUGCAAAGAUAAAAUCGCUAAAAAAUAUUAAUAUGAUAAAUGAACAGUGUCAGUUACUACAAAAAAAAAAAUCUACGUCCAAAAAAGAAAAACCAAUUAAAAGGCAAAAAGUAUCAACUUCGUGUCCAUUUCUGCCGGGUAACCAAUCACUUCUUAUGGCAGAAAUUUUAACCAGUAUAUGUGACAUUGAAGAAAUUGUAAAGAAGAGCGAAGAAUUGAAAACUUGUCCUUAUUAUGCUACGAGGAAAUCUGUUGAGGAUGGACAAGUAAUUUUAGUUCCUUAUAAUUCUAUUUUGCAUAAGCGUACUAGAAUGAAUUCAGGAAUCAAUCUGAAAGGCAACAUUCUAAUUAUCGAUGAAGCUCAUAAUUUAUUAGACGCUAUUGAAAGAAUGCACAGUGUUUCUGUUACUGGAAAAAGUCUUUUACAUUGCUUUAAUCAAUUAUCACAAUAUAAAAAGAGAUUUGAGAAUGUAUUGACAGCUAAAAAUGUAUUAUUUUUGAGUCAAUUAAGCUUCUGCAUUAAGAAAUUAAUUAAAAUACUUGGCGGUAAUGCAAAAUCACAUCCAGAUGAGAAAAUUAAAAACACUAUUAAUAAAUUAUACACAAUAGAAGAUUUCGAGACCGUAGCUGAAAUAGAUACUAUAAAUGUAUUUGACUUAAUUAAUUUUAUACAGAAGUCAAAUCUAAUUCAUAAACUACACGGAUAUGUUGAAAAAUACCAGAAUAUCCCAAUAGUGAAUGAUACUGUUGAGAAGCAAAGAGGUGUUACUGCUUUUCUUAAUUCAUUUAAAAAACUAGAUAAUUCGAAAAUAGAAGAUAACCAUAAUGAGAGUCUCAAGAAAUCAGAAACAGAACAUAUUACCAAUCCUUUGACAAUAAUUAUGAGUUUUUUGGAAUCUCUUAAGACAAAUUGUGUAGACGGCAGAAUUUUUGUUGUAUCAGAAUCUACUAUUGGCGAAGGAUGUUUAAAGUUUCUUUUACUAAAUCCAGCAGCACAUUUUUCAGACAUUGUUCAAGAGGCAAGAGCUGUAAUUUUAGCUGGUGGAACAAUGGAACCAAUGUCUGAAUUUAAAGAACAACUAUUUAUUAGCGCUGGAGCGACACCUGAAAGAAUCGUUACUUUCUCUUGUGAUCACGUAAUUCCAAAAGAAAAUAUUUUAACUUGCAUUUUAAAAUCAGGUCCUACUGGACAAGAAUUCGAAUUUAAUUAUCAACAUAGAGAAAAUAGCGAAAUGUUAAAUGAAUUAGGAAGAACAUUAGUUAACUUAUGUAAUAUUAUACCAGCAGGUAUUGUCGUAUUUCUACCUUCAUAUAAGUAUGAAGAUUUAUUAUUUAAGCAUUUGCAGUCAAGCGGAAUCUUAACAAAAAUUAGUAGAAAGAAAUGCAUUUUUCGUGAACCAAAAUUAUCAAACCAGGUUAAUGAGAUUUUAGAAAAGUAUUCAUGCAGUGUUAAAAAUCCGGUAGAAUUCCAAAAUGGAGCAAUACUUUUUAGCGUAGUUGGAGGUAAACUAAGCGAAGGUCUAAAUUUCUCAGAUGAUUUAGGAAGAUGCAUUGUAGUAGUUGGCAUGCCAUAUCCCAAUAUUAAAUCAUCAGAAUUACAAGAAAAAAUAAAAUAUUUAAACGAAAAUGUUAACCCAAAAGCUGGCAACAUUUUCUAUGAAAACUCGUGCAUAAAGGCAGUGAACCAAUGCAUUGGACGAGCAGUGCGUCAUGUUGCUGACUACUCAACGGUCUUACUGCUGGAUAAACGCUAUAGUCAAAAAAUAGAUGCCUUACCUAAUUGGAUACAAAGAACAGUCGCUGUGCAUACAAAAUUUAAUACUGCUAUACAAGCACUGGCAAGAUUUUUCGUUGCAAAGAACAAAUUAAAAACUUAAAGCCACAUUAUGUAUGAAUAGUUUUAGUCAAUUUUGAAAUCUUUUUCAAUAUAUAGUAUUGUAAAUACUUUUUUAGGAAGC